AUGAUGUUCUCUUGGAUUUUUCUUUUCUUGCUCUUGCAGAAUCUUGUUCCUUUUUACUCUGUUGAUUCUUCUCAAUGCAAUACAAAAAAACAAAAGCAUUUAUAUCGUGAUGGAAAUGUGAUCAUUGCUGUGUUUGUUCCAUUUUUCAGUUAUUUUCGUCAGAAGACCAUUAAUUUUACAGGCGAAAAAAGUAUUUACAUCCAAUACAGGACGAGGAGCUACCAGUAUUUUUUGGCCUUCAUAUUCGCCAUUGAGGAAAUCAACAGAAACACUCAUAUUUUACCUAACAUAUCUCUAGGUUUUGAUCUCUACAAUGUCGACAGCAAUCAAUGGAAUACUCUGGAGGCACCUUUCAUUUGCCUCACAGGCAUGGGAACAAUGAUUCCCAAUUACACAUGUAGAAGGCAGAAGAAGGCUGCUGCUUUACUGACAGGAACUUCAUGGGCAACGUCUGCACAUAUUGGGAGACUGCUGAAUCUCUACAAAUAUCCACAGCUUACAUUUGGCCCAUUUGACACUCUCCUGAGUGACAGAAGACAGUUCUCUUCUCUCUACCAGACAGCACCCAAGGACACAUCUCUGUCACGUGCCAUUGUCCUUUUGAUGCUUCAUUUCAGCUGGACAUGGGUGGGACUGGUUCUUGUAGACGAUCAUAAUGGUGCUGAGAUUCUCUCAGACUUGAGAAGAGAGAUGGACAAGAAUGGACUGUGUAUAGCUUUUGUAGAAAUGAUUCCAGACAGUGAGAAUUCAUUUAAUCAUAAUUCUAUCAUGACUGUCAAGAAGAUUAUAAAAUCAACUGCAAAUGUGGUUAUCAUUUAUGGUGACAUGGAAGAUUUAAGUGGUCUAAUCAUAGCUAUGGUGGCCUUUUCAAUGAUUUGGAAAGUCUGGGUCAUGAAGUCACAAUGGCCUCUACAUAGUCUUAGUAACUGUUUCAUGUUGGAUUCAAUACAUGGGAGUCUCGUUUUCACACAUCACCAUGCUGAGAUUUCUGAAUACAGGAAUUUUCUCCAGGCAUACAACCCUUCCAAAUACCCAGAUGAUCACUAUCUUGCUCUCAUUUGGAAUGCACACUUCAAUUGCUCUUUUUCAGAACCUGAUUGUAAAAUUUUGGGCAACUGUCUGCCCAAUGCUUCCUUGGAAAUGUUGCCUAGAUAUAUUUGGCAAAUGGAUAUGACUGAAGAAAGUUACAAUGUAUAUAAUUCUGUGUAUGCUGUGGCUCACAGCCUCCAUGAGAUGACUAUAAAUCAAGAACAAAAUUAUCUCUAUGGAAAGGAAAAAGCAAAUAAUUAUGUUUGGGAGCUUCACCUUUUUCUCAGGAACAUCCAUUUCAAAAAUACUGCUGGAAACAUUGUGGUUCUAGAUUCACAAAGGAAAUUGGAAGCAGAAUACAAUAUUCUCAACCUCUGGGAUUUUCCAUUCGGUCUCAGACAAAAGAUUAAAGUUGGAAUAUUUUCUCCAAAAGCUCCAAAGGGCCAAGGACUUCUCUUGUCUGACCAUAUGAUACAGUGGGCCACAGGAUUUACAGAGCUUCCUCGCUCUGUGUGCAGUGAGAGCUGUUUUCCAGGAUUCAGAAAAUCUGCCCAGGAGGGGAGGCCUGCCUGUUGCUAUGAUUGCACUCAGUGUUCAGAUAAUGAGAUUUCCAAUGAAACAGAUACGGAUCAUUGUAUGAGGUGUCCAGAAAGUCACUAUGCAAACACAGAGCAGAACCACUGCCUCCAGAAAACAGUUACCUUUCUGGCCUAUGAAGACACUUUGGGACUGACACUGGCCUCCUUGGCCCUGGGCUUCUCUACCAUAAGUGUUGGUGUUCUUUGUGUCUUUGUUAAACACCACCACACUCCCAUCGUCAAGGCCAACAAUUGGUCUCUCACUUACAUCCUGCUCAUCACUCUGACCUUCUGUUUUCUCUGUCCCUUGCUCUUCAUUGGCCAUCCCAACACAGCCACCUGUGUCCUGCAGCAGAGCACUUUUGCAGUUCUGUUCACAGUGGCUCUCUCCACAGUCUUGGCCAAAACCAUUACUGUGGUUCUGGCUUUUAAGGCCACAGUUCCAGGGAGACUGAUAAGGUGGAUAAUGAUAUCAAGGGCUCCUAACUACAUCAUUCCAGUCUGCACUCUUAUCCAACUUGUUCUCUGUGGAAUUUGGCUGAGCAUCUCUCCUCCCUUUGUUGACUCAGAUGCUCACACUGAACAUGGCCACAUAAUUGCUUCAUGCAACAAGGGCUCCACUAUUGCCUUCCACUCUGUCCUGGGAUACCUCUGCUCCCUGGCACUUGGGAGCUACACUAUGGCUUACCUGUCCAGGAACCUACCCGACACAUUCAAUGAAGCCAAGUUCAUUUCUUUCAGCAUGUUGGUUUUCUUCAGUGUGUGGGUCACUUUCCUUCCUGUCUACCACAGCACUAAGGGGAAAGUCACAGUUGCCAUGGAAGGCUUUUCCAUCCUGUCAUCCAGUGCAGGCCUCCUAGGCUGCAUCUUUGUUCCCAAGUGCUACAUUAUUUUGUUCAGACCACAUAGGAAUGUGCUAAAUUAUGUCAGGAACAAAGCACCUGCUAGAGGAAAAGUAGAUUAUACAGUUUAG